AUGACACGUGAAGACGCUGCUGAAACUUAUGCAAAGCUUUUUGAAAGCAAAAAAGAAGGGCGAUACCUCUUGAAUCCGAUCGUCUUCGAGAGACUCCAUCCCGGAGUCGUUGGCUAUUUCGAUUCUGAGUCGGGUGAUUGGACACCGGUCGCCGACCUAUCGGACCCCGAGGCGUUCAUCUCUGACGGAUACGUCGAGGCGUACAAAAAGCUGGGGGACUAUAAAAAGGCAACCCGCGACUGGAACACAAGGACUUCCGAGAGCGAAUCCGAGCGCAGCUACCGCACCAAUGUAGGAGCUUCUGGUGCUGCUGGGGGUGUCCCGGCCGAAGCAUCCGUUGAUGUGAAAUACAAGAAAGGCUCCGCAGGCCAGGCAGCCCUUAUAGCCAGUGGUCUUGUCAAUUAUGAAGCAUUCCUCGGGCCAUUCAAGGAUAGCACCAAGCAGUGGAUCGCGGCAAACGGACGUAAGAUUAUAGAGGAGCAUGGAUCAGCUGCCAAAGAAAACGGUCUUUGGGCGAUCAAGGGCGUCUAUUUCACCGAUGAAUGCGCCAUCAAGAUGACGACCAGUAGCGACCAGGACAUUGAUGUAGGAGCUGAUAUUGGGGCCACUGGUUUUGGCAAGCUCGGUGGCGGGGCUGGAUCGCUUGAAAAGCUCAAGAGUAAGAGCUGGACAACAUGCCCUGCAGUUCCGGGAUCGAAGGGGCAGGUUGUCUCAUUCCACGGACUCAAGUUUAAGGCGCGAAGCCUUUCGAAACUUUGGAGCUCUAAUGAUUUCAGCUUCAAUAUGGCAUGCUCAUUUGGUCCUGUCAGUACAUCCGAGCGCCCAGUUUACGAUGAAGAUGGAAAAUUGAGCGGCUUUGAGGCAGUUCGGCGGGUCAAGAAAGAACGGGAAGAUGAUUCCUACUUUGAAAUUGAAAAGACCGAGGAGCCGAAAAAAGCAGAUGCUCCUGAGGAUGCCGAGGACGAUGAUGAGGUCGAUGAAGAAGGCAUGACGGAAGAGGAUAUUCAGGCGGAGAGAGCCGAGCAGAAGGCAUUGGAAGACGAGCGCAACCAGAUGAAGCUGGAGACUUGGAAUAAUUUUGUCAAGGAGACAGAAUCUAUGAACCGAAAUUUGGCCGAGGCGAGGGCAUAG